GUAAAUAUUGAACUUCUCAAUUUACAGCCAGCUCCCAUUUGCGAUGCCUACCUCAUCAAUGGGCUCGCUGGAGAUUCAUAUCCUUGCUCUAAGAACGGGAUGUUUAAGCUCAAGGUGGUACAAGGGAAAACAUACUUGCUAAGGAUUAUAAACGCGGCGCUAAACACUCACCUCUUCUUUAAAAUAGCUGAUCACAACGUGACGAUUGUCUCUGUAGAUGCUGCCUACACGACACCUUACGUUAGCGAUGUGAUGAUCUUGACGCCGGGACAAACCGUCGACGCACUUCUCACUGCCGACCAGCCUAUCGGAAUGUACUAUAUGUCGAUAAGCCCUUACAUUAGUGCCAACUCCUUAGCACCCGUCCCCCCUGGCCAUGAUAUAAGAAGCUUAAUCGUCUAUGAGGGUGCCAAGUCGACAGCAACCCCAUCAAGCGCGUUGAUGCCUUCAGGGACGAAUGCAAUACCCACCGCUCAUAGGUUCUCUUCGAACAUCACUAGCCUCGUGAGUGGACCCUACUGGACGCCAGUGCCUGGCCAAGUGGACGAGAAGAUGUUCUUAACCAUGGGGCUUGGGUUAGACCGAUGCCCUCCGGAAACCAAGUGUAAUGGUCCGUUGGGUCAGCACAUCGCCGGUUCUUUCAACAACCGUACUUUUGUGAUGCCAGAAACGAUAUCUCUCCAAGAAGCCUAUUUCUAUAAUAUCAGUGGAGUAUACACCGAUGACUUCCCCGACCAACCUCCCAUGAAAUUUGACUAUGCUAAUUUUAGCGUCAGUACUGAUUCUGAAUACGAAAUGAUGUUUCCGGAGAGAAAGACUAGCGUCAAGACACUUAAGUACAAUUCUAUAGUGGAGAUCAUUGUACAGAACACAGGGAUAAUCAGCCCAGAGAGCCAUCCCAUGCACCUUCACGGCUUCAACUUUUAUGUGUUGGGUUAUGGAUUUGGUAACUAUGAUCCAAUCCGCGAUACAAGAAAGCUAAAUCUAGUUAACCCGCAAAUGCACAAUACCGUCGGUGUACCACCAGGUGGAUGGGUUGUCUUAAGAUUUAUCGCCAAUAAUCCCGGUGCGUGGAUGUUUCAUUGUCACAUGGAUGCACAUUUACCCUACGGAAUUAUAAUGACUUUCAUAGUUCAAAAUGGACCAACUCCGGAAACAAGCUUGCAACCUCCACCAUCCAAUCUUCCACAAUGCACUCAUGAUCCGACAAUCUAUGAGUCGCCGACCACUAACGUUGAUUUGUCUUACUAG